ACUCCAAACAACUGAUAAUUGAUAAAUUUAUUAACUCUCAAAAACAUACAAUUCUAUAAGCUAUAGAGACGAAGGGCUCUGGCUUAACAGAUUCAAGGUCCUCAAAUGGCAACUUUCACUAUCUCAUUAUGUUUUCUACUCUGCUUCAGCUUCCUUUUUGUCUCUAUUCAUUCUUCUUCGUCUUCGCCUUAUCUCUCUACGUCAACAUUUACGAAGAAUUACAAUAAGAUGCUUAUGAGUUUCAAAAUUUUCAUAUAUCCAUCGACUCAUCGCAUUACUUUUUAUACUCCAGCAGCUUCAAAUUUCUACAAUUCCCUCCUUAAUAGCCCGUUUGUAACGCGCGAACCAGAAGAAGCUCAUCUCUUCUUCGUGCUUUUCUCUCCUGAGAUAACCACUCGUUCUCAGGCGCGUCUUGUUCGAGAGCUGAGAAAGAAGUAUCCGUACUGGAAUCGGACGUUAGGAGCUGAUCAUUUCUUCAUCUCACCGGAAGGAAUUGAUUUUUCUUCUGAUAGGAAUGCACUCGAACUGAAGAAAAAUUCAGUUCAGAUUUCGGUUUUUCCGACUAUUUCAGGUAAUUUUAUACCUCAUAAGGAUAUCAGUUUGCCACCGGUGAGCACAUCCUCACUCGUACUCUCCCACGCGCCGGUGAAAACGGAUCCGUCGUUUCUAGGUUAUCUAAAAUGGGAUGGGGAGACGGAGGCGGAGUUGGUGGAGGAGUUGAGGUUGGAUCCGGAGUUCGUCGUUGAAUCUGAGCCGUUAGAUCAUGUAGGAAGAGUGAAGAGUAGUAAGUUCUGCUUGUUCUUCUACGAAGCUGAAUCGACAGCAUAUAUGACGGAAGCAAUGGCGGUAGGAUGUGUACCGGUAGUGAUUGUCGACCGUCCGGUUCAGGAUUUUCCGUUGAUGGACGUAUUGAGAUGGUCGGAAAUGGCACUGUUGAUCGGAAACCGCCGUGGAGCUCAGGGAUUGAAGGCGGUCCUGGGCGGUGUACCGGAGGAUCGAUAUGAGCGGAUGAGGGGAUUGUGUGUGGCGGCGGCUCAUCAUAUGGUGUGGAACGCGGAACCUCAGCCGUAUGAUGCUUUUCAUAUGGUGAUUUAUCAGCUGUGGAUGAAACGGCAUACGAUUAGAUACAGUCGGAGGGAAGAAUUUUAAGAGUUGAAAAUUAAACUUGUUGCUUGUAGAGUUAGUGCAUAAUUAAUAAUACUAAAUCCUAAUUAAUGGUUAAUAAAUUGUAUGCUUUUUUAGAAUGAUUGUUAAUUUGUUUAAUCCCUAAUCAAAAUUGUCUUCUUUGGAGCUGACAAACAAGAUAAUAAUGGUG